UCGUUGCCGUUGCGAUCCUUCGGUCCCGCUGUCAGAAAUGAAUGGCCUCGCUGAGCCGGGCGAGGUGCUGGUGUCUCGGACGGAGGAGGACGGCCACAUCGAGCUCACCGUCUCGUCCGCAUCCCUCUCUCCGUCUCGCAUCUACGCCUACCCGCUCGUCGAUUCGCUCGUCGAUUUUUUCGAGCAGCUGCGGGUGGACGCGGGGAUGGCCGACGGAGCCGUGGAGCUGGUCGCAUCGUCGGGCUCCGUAAUCUCGUCCGGCAUGGCGCACGCGUUUGCGUGGAAGCCGGGCCGAUCACUGCGGCUCGGGAGCGAGCUCCUCGCCCUCAGCUUUUGCGACUCGACUGAGGGCGCGCCGCUGAUGCGCCGGCUCUCGUCGGCGAACCCGACGCGGAUUGAGAGCGACAAGGCGCCGAUGAAGUACGUCGUCGUCUCGGGAGGGGUCGUCUCCGGCCUGGGCAAGGGCAUCACUGCCUCGUCGCUCGGGGUGCUCCUGCGCCAGUCGGGCUACCGCGUCACCUCCGUCAAGAUCGACCCCUAUCUUAACGUCGACGCCGGCACCAUGUCGCCCUUUGAGCACGGCGAGGCGCAGACUUCUCGGAACCUUCCUGUAGGCGACCUCGACCUCGGCAACUACGAGCGCUUCGUCGGCGUCACGCUCACGCGCGACCACAACCUGACGACGGGCAAGAUCUACAAGGCGAGCUUCCCCCGAGACUUCCCGACCGCCCCCCACCGCAGUCCUGACGGGCAGUACCUACGGCCCCCUACCGCCACACCCGCUCACACCCGCGGACCACUGGAGCGCUCACCUCACGGCUAG